AUGUUUACUGGUCUUGUUGAACAUAUGGGUCUCGUUUCUUCUAUCCAGGAGCUUGAUACUUCUGAAUCUGGAGGAAACGGUUGGACUCUCACCAUUUCAAACGCUGCCGAGAUUUUAACUGAUUGCCACCUUGGUGACAGUAUUGCCAUUAACGGGACUUGUUUGACAGUGACAGAAUUCGACAAGGGCUCGUUCAAAGUAGGCGUUGCUCCAGAGACAUUACGAUGCACAAACCUGGGCGACCUCAGUGUGGGAAGCAAGGUAAAUUUGGAAAGAGCAAUGGACUCUAACAAACGAUUUGGUGGACACAUGGUUCAGGGGCAUGUUGAUACUACUGUUGAAAUUGUUUCUAUUCGCCCUGAAGGAAACUCUAUCUGGUUCACUUUCCAAAUGAAGGAAGAAGACAAGGAUAAGAUGAGAUAUAUCAUUCCCAAGGGAUUUAUUUGCUUGGAUGGGACUUCUCUUACUGUGUGCGAUGUUGAUGAUGAUCAACGCACCUUUUCAAUCAUGAUGAUUGCUCAUACCCAAACUCAUGUUAUCAUGCCCUUGAAGAAGAUUGGGGACAGAGUGAAUGUGGAAGUAGAUAUGCUCGCUAAAUAUGCUCUCAAGAGUAUAGAAGAUGCCAUCAAGAAUAAUAAAGGAAUUGAGACUCUGGUGAAGCGUGUAUUGAAUCAAUAA